AUGAGUCUCUUGCGAUCUAGUGUGUGCAGAGCAUGCCGACGCUCACAGCAAAUUCGCUGGCAUAGAGGCUUUGCGACAGCCAGCAGCGGCACCACGUAUGACAAUCGUGUUAAGCUUGUGGAAGUUGGACCUCGAGAUGGACUGCAAAAUGAGAAGAAGACAAUCCCUCUUGAGACAAAGAUCGAGCUCAUCGAGCGUCUAGCUCGAACAGGUGUUUCCACCAUUGAGGCUGGUUCUUUUGUCGCCCCAAAAUGGGUUCCUCAAAUGAGCAAUUCUAGCGAAAUCCUCCAGCAUAUCCUCGAUGGAAAGGUUUCCUCUCCCGGGCCGAUCUCAUACUCUUUCCUUGCCCCGAACACCAAGGGCCUUCAGUCUGCUGCAGAUAUUCUCGGUGCCAAUCCUGGCAAGUUUGCAACACAGCUGGAACCAGCAAUCACCAAGCCAGAUGUUGAAGUGGCAGUAUUUGCUGCAGCUACCGAGAGCUUCAGUCAGAAGAAUCUCAAUUGCGAUAUCAAGACAUCACUGGAGCGUUUCAGGCAGGUGAUUCAAGAUUCCAAGGGCCUAGGCCUCCGGGUCCGAGCCUACAUCUCCGUGGUUUUGGGAUGCCCUUUUGAGGGUUUCGAUGUCGACCCCCACAAGGUAGCGGAAAUUGCUACAGAUCUCCUGGAGGCGGGAGCUGAUGAAAUUUCUCUCGGUGACACUACCGGCAUGGGUACGGCUCCUCGAACGGGAAACCUCCUACAAUGCAUGUCUGCGGCCGGAAUCCGAACUGAGGAUAUUGCUAUGCACUUCCAUGACACCUACGGACAAGCUCUAGUAAACACAGCCGUUGCUCUUGAGAACGGUAUUCGAACAUUCGAUAGCAGUGUUGGCGGUCUAGGUGGCUGCCCUUAUAGCCCUGGUGCGACUGGCAACGUCUCCACAGAGAACAUGGUUUACUUUAUGGAAACUCUGGGCAUGGAUACAGGUAUCAGCCUGGAUGCUAUGUCUGAUAUCGGAGCAUGGAUCACACAGGAAUUGGGCAAGGAGAAUGGAAGCACAGUUGGCAAGGCGGUUAUUGGAGCUCGAACCCGAGCUAUAGAAAACGCAGCUAGGGAAGCUCUGAAGGCGAAAACCCAAGGAAACUAG